GACGAUGAGCUUGAGUCAGCAGCGAGUUCCUAGCUCGAGCACUGUGACUUUGCCAGCAUUACCUCAGGCGCAGUCUAACUCCAGUGUCAGUGAUAUGAACAGUAUCUAUUCUGCAGUCAUUAAGGUGUUUCGUGGUAAAGGACUGCAAAUGAAUGAACUCUACUUCUUAAAUGAGAGUAUCAGGUGGCUUUUAAAAACAGAAAUGGGGUCAUUCAUUGAAGAGUAUUUCCAGAAUCAGCUUCUGAUUAAAGGGCUUCGGUCUAUUUUAGAAGAGGUUCAACUAUAUGAAGGGGAAAGUCAGCUCUUUUUCUUAGCUGAUGUAUGGAUUCAAUUUUUCUCAGAAAUUCUGCCGACACUGCAGGCCAUUUUUUAUCCACUACAGGGUCAUGAGUUCACAGUAAGGCAGAUGGCCCUGCUAGCCUUCAGGGAUCUCGUCCUGAUGAGGCUUCCAAUGGAGGAGCUGCUCCCCACCAACACUUCUCUGCUCCCCACGCCCAUCACACAGAUGCUGUUAGUCCUACAGGGAGUCCAUGAGCCCAGAGGCCCCUCAAAGGAAUAUUUUCGCCUUGAGAAAAUGCUGGAAAUGGUGGUUUCUCCCUAUCUGUGGAACUGCAAACACAAAAGCUAUGAAGAAGAAAUCAGAGAAAGUAAGCACCUCAUCCAACCUGAGAUAAGGAUCACGCAGCAUAUUUCAGAGGUCUCUCUUUUGACUCCUUUAUUGGAGCAGGAGGGCGAGGGGCAUGUGGAGAGAGGAAGCAGCCUGCGGCGUCACUCUGUAUCCGAUGGCAGAUCCUUCAUCAAUAACAUGCAGCUUCUCGCUGUUACAAGUAGGACGCAUUCAGGGUUAGGAGAUGCACAUGGGACCACUGAUGAAAUGAGGGAAAGGGAUAAGAGGGAUCACUGUCGAGUCAAUCCCACAUUUCAAAGCCACAGUUGUUGAGACAUUGCUGGAUGUACUUAUUUUCAAACUAAAAGCUUAGCCAUUCUGGAAAGAUGAAUAAGUGAGUGAAGAGAUGGAGCUUACACAUUUAUUUUUCAUAUAUUAAAAUGUUCAUUGGUGUACUACCCACACAAAAAUUCUAAUUAAUCAAAAGUAUAAUAAAACAAGAAAUUAGUCAUCAA